AACACCAUCCAGAUCGGUCGAUCGACACUCGUGGCCCUUACCGCUUCGCUUCACCCCUUUCGUAGAUCCUGCUGACGUCGCUGGUAGCGGUGUGUUCGUGCGCGCGGCUAGACAACAACUACCUGCCCCCACCGGGGGCCGCAUCUUCUGGCGGUGGGCCCGGACUAACGGCGCCCUCGCCGGCUGGCGGUGGAUUCGGUAGUAAACCCGCCGGUGGACCUCCAGCCGCCGGUCCCGGAUUCGGUGGCUCUGGACCUGGAGCCGGUGGGUUCGGUGGCCCACAGGGCGCAGGUGGCUUCGGAGGGCCCGCAUCCCGACCGGGAGCGAGCGCUCCCGGGGCCGGAGCGCGUCCUCCAUCGCCCGCCUACGGACCACCGGGCGGUGGAUUUGGCGGUGGAGCUCCUUCAUCCUUCGGAGGUGCGGCACCUGCGUCAUCCUUCGGUGGUGGUGGUGGUGCACCGUCCGGUGGAUUCGGUGCUCCGGGCGGCUCGGCUGGAUUCGGGGGUGGGUCUGCCGGGGGCGCUCCCGCAGCUCCGGCCGGUCCGAGUCAACCGCCGAUCGAGAUCAUCUCGUACGAGAACAUGAACAACGGCGACGGGAGCUACAAGUACAGCUACGAGACGGCGAACGGGAUCAAGGUGCAGGAACAGGGCGAAGUGAAGAACAAGGGCUCCGAGAACGAGAUCCAGAGUGUGCAGGGUUCGUACUCGUACACCGCGCCGGACGGUCAGGUCAUCACCGUGACGUACAUCGCCGACGAGAACGGCUUCCAGCCGCAGGGAGACCACCUGCCGACGCCGCCUCCGAUUCCGGAAGAGAUCCGCAAGGCGCUCGAAGCCACGGCCGCUGCGCAAGCCGCCGGUGGUGCCGGUGGACAGGGUGGGUAUCCGGGGGGAGCUGGUAAACCGGCGGGAGGCUACCCUGGCUCGGUGACGGGAUCGGGUGGUUACCCGUCCGGAGCCGGUGCCCCAGGCGGGGGAGCCCGUCCGGGUGGAGGUCCUGCCGGAGCAGGCCAGGCAGGAUACCCGAGCGGAGGACCUUCGAGUGCGGGCGGCUAUCCCUCCGCGGGUGGAUCGGCCGCCCCGGGUGGAUCGGCCGGAUAUCCUUCGGGUGGACCCACCGCCGGUGCUCGCCCAUCCGCUCCCGGCAGACCUUCCGGAAACGGGUCAUUCAACCCGCAGUCCGGCUACCAAUAUUGAGACCAGAAGACCCGGCUCGUAGCGCGCUAGCUAACGAUCAUUGCAUUUCAUUAAACCGGCCCGCGGCUGGUCCAACGGAAACUCACUGCGCAAAACGCAAAACAAAAACGAACAAAAACAAUCCCCACGCUGUAAAUAAGUUAAA